AUGAUACUCUUUCUUAUCGGGUUAAUUUUCUUGAGCACUUGUCAAUCACACAUAAUCCGACAGAGAGCAACUUGCUCAUGGCCUGGACAUUGUGCUGGCGAUUCAUGCACAACUGCGAACGAUUGUGAUGGAUCUAUGAUCUGCAUAAGUGGAAAAUGUGGCACAUCUGGCGGUACAGGAUGCAACCAACCGUGUACAUGGAUAGGGCAUUGUUGUGGAGACCCAUGUCAAACUGAAAAUGACUGUGAUGGAUCAUUAGUUUGUGUUAACGGAAAAUGUGGUACUGGGUCCUCUGGUGGUACUACUGUUCGUACUACUGUCCGUACUACUGCUGGUACUACUGUCCGUAGUACUGCUGGUACUACUGUCCGUACUACUUCUGGUACUUCUGGAACCUGUUCACCUUCAGGUGUAUUGCAAGGCACAAGCACUAACUGCAACACAGACAAUAUGUCCGACUGCUGUCAAGCAGGAAAAACUUAUAAUCAGUAUCGAUGCUCUCCUAGCCCAACUAGCUCAGCUUUACUCACGUUGAACAGUUUCCAAGCAGGUGGUGAUGGUGGUGGUGCAGGUGAAUGCUUUGGAGCUUUUUAUCCUGAUUCACAGCGUGUUGUCGCCUUGUCAACAGGAUGGUACAAUGGGGGAUCACGAUGUGGAAAAACAAUUACCAUUAAUGGCAAUGGUAAGACGACAACGGCAGUAGUCGUUGAUGAAUGCGACUCAGUAAAUGGAUGUGAUGCAGAACAUGCAGGACAACCUCCGUGCCGUUACAAUAUUGUUGAUGGAUCUCCAGCAGUCUGGCAGGCACUUGGUGUAUCCACAAGUGAUUCUCGAUAUGGAGAGAUGGCCAUUUCAUGGAGUGACUAA